GGUCCAAACCCAGCCUCUCUCGCUCUCUCUCUCUGUGUGUGUGUGUGUGUGUUUGUGUGUUUCAGUGUGUGUGUGUUUGUGUGUGUGAGGCUGCAAGUGUGCGCCUGUCGCAGACUAGCAGACACAGCUUGUGCCCACCAGACUUUUUCCCCUUCCUUUCUUUUUUAACCUUGCUCUCGCCGCGGUGCUCAGCUCAGGGCCUGCUCCUUCCUCUCUCCACUUCAGGAUAAAGAAGGAUCAGCGUAGGGGGGGGACACAGCCUUUGCCUCACCCCUCCUUUAACUCUCACCACCUCGUAGUUGGCUGACAGCUCCUGGCGGACGUGCAGGCAGGAUGAUAGCCGCUCAGCUUCUGGCCUACUACUUCACCGAGUUGAAGGAUGAUCAACUCAAGAAGAUUGAUAAGUACCUGUACUCCAUGCGGUUCUCGGAUGACACGUUGAAGGACAUCAUGAACCGGUUCCGCAGGGAGAUGGAGAACGGGCUCGGCCGUGACACCAGCCCGACCGCCACCGUCAAGAUGCUGCCCACCUUCGUCAGGUCCAUCCCUGACGGAUCAGAAAAGGGGGACUUCAUAGCUCUGGACCUCGGGGGGUCAAACUUCAGGAUCCUUCGGGUCAAAGUGACGCAGGACAAGAAGCAGCCGGUUCAAAUGGAGAGCCAGGUCUACGAGACCCCCGAUGACAUCAUCCACGGCAGCGGGUCACGGCUCUUUGCCCAUGUAGCAGAUUGCCUGGGCGACUUCAUGGAGAGGCAAAAAAUCAAGGACAAAAAGCUUCCAGUGGGAUUUACGUUCUCCUUCCCCUGCAACCAAACCAAACUGGAUGAGGCGGUCUUGGUGACAUGGACAAAGAAGUUUAAGGCCAGUGGUGUUGAAGGCAUGGACGUUGUGAGUCUUCUGAACAAGGCCAUCAAGAAACGAGGGGACUACGAGGCGGACAUCAUGGCGGUGGUGAAUGACACAGUCGGCACCAUGAUGACCUGUGGAUUUGACGAUCAGCGCUGUGAAGUGGGCAUCAUCAUAGGAACGGGAACGAACGCCUGCUACAUGGAAGAAUUGCGUCACAUCGACCAGGUGGAAGGAGACGAAGGCCGGAUGUGCAUCAACACGGAGUGGGGGGCCUUCGGGGAUGACGGGUCCCUGGAGGACAUCCGCACAGAGUUUGACCGCGAGAUCGACAGGGGUUCCAUCAACCCAGGAAAGCAGCUGUUUGAAAAGAUGGCCAGUGGGAUGUACAUGGGGGAGCUGGUUCGACUCAUCCUGGUCAAGAUGGCCAAAGAGGGGCUGCUAUUUGAGGGACGGAUAACCCCCGAGCUCCUGACCAAAGGAAAGAUCGAGACUAAACACGUCUCCGCCAUUGAAAAGAGCAAAGAAGGACUGAAGAAGUGUAUGGAAACCCUGACGAGGCUCGGGGUGGAGCCCUCCGAUGAAGACUGUCUGGCGGUGCAGCACGUGUGCACCAUCGUAUCCUUCCGCUCGGCCAAUCUGAUUGCUUCGACCCUGGGAGGAAUCCUCGCUCGGCUCAAGGAGAACAAAGGAGUCGGACGCCUGCGAACCACGGUGGGCAUCGACGGGUCCCUCUACAAGAUGCACCCUCAAUACGCCCGCCGUCUGCACAAGACGGUGCGCCGCCUGGUCCCGGACUCAGACGUCCGCUUCCUGCUGUCCGAGAGUGGGAGUGCGAAAGGCGCCGCCAUGGUGACGGCCGUGGCCUACCGUUUGACGGAGCAGGCUCGCCAGAUUCAGCAGACUAUGGCGGAGUUCCGGCUGAGCAAAGCGCAGCUGUUGGAAGUGAAGAAGCGCAUGAGGGUGGAGAUCGAAAGAGGCCUCAAGAAGAACACCCACCAGGAAGCCACGGUCAAAAUGCUGCCUACUUUUGUCAGAACAACACCGGAUGGAACAGAGAACGGAGAUUUCCUCGCUCUGGACCUCGGAGGGACAAACUUCCGCGUGCUUCUGGUAAAGAUCCGAGGCGGCAAGAAGCGAUCAGUGGAGAUGCACAACAAAAUCUACGCCAUUCCCAUAGAAGUCAUGCAGGGCACAGGAGAAGAGCUCUUUGACCACAUUGUGCACUGCAUCUCCGACUUCCUGGACUACAUGGGCAUGAAAAGCGCUCGCCUGCCGCUGGGUUUCACCUUCUCCUUCCCCUGCCAUCAGACCAGCCUGGACGCAGGUAUCCUCGUAACCUGGACCAAAGGAUUCAAGGCCACAGACUGUGAGGGCGAAAACGUGGUGGAGCUUCUUCGGGAAGCGAUCAAGAGGAAAGAGGAGUUUGAGCUGGAUGUGGUUGCCAUAGUGAACGACACAGUGGGGACGAUGAUGACCUGUGCAUAUGAGGAACCCAACUGUGAGGUCGGGCUGAUCGCAGGGACCGGCAGCAACGCCUGCUACAUGGAGGAGGCGAAGAACAUCGAGAUAGUGGAGGGAAGCGAGGGACGCAUGUGUGUCAACAUGGAGUGGGGAGCGUUCGGAGACAACGGCUGCCUGGACGACAUCAGGACGAAGUACGACCAGGCCGUGGACGAGAACUCGCUCAACGAAGGCAAACAAAGAUAUGAGAAGAUGUGCAGCGGUAUGUACCUCGGAGAGAUCGUCAGGCAGAUCUUGAUUGAUAUGACCAGGCGCGGCUUCCUCUUCCGGGGACAAAUCUCCGAGACGUUGAAGACCAGGGGCAUCUUCGAGACGAAGUUCCUGUCACAGAUAGAGAGCGAUCGUCUGGCGCUGCUGCAGGUCAGGGCGAUCCUGCAGCAGCUGGGGCUCGACAGCACCUGUGACGACAGUAUCAUCGUCAAGGAGGUGUGCGGCACGGUGUCCCGCCGCGCCGCUCAGAUCUGUGGAGCCGGGAUGGCUGCUGUGGUGGACAAGAUCCGUGAGAACAGGGGACUGGACCACCUGGACAUCACCGUGGGCGUGGACGGCACGCUCUACAAGCUGCACCCACACUUCUCGCGGAUCUUCAUGCAGACGGUGAAGGAGCUCGCCCCCAAAUGUGACGUCAACUUCCUGCUAUCCGAGGACGGCAGCGGCAAGGGGGCCGCCCUCAUCACCGCCGUGGGCUGCCACCAGAGAGAGCUGGACGCACAGCAGCAGCACUGAGCGGCUCCAUGCCAUCCCGUUAGACCCCAAGAACUACCUGCUGCUCCACCCGAGACCUUCACCCACCGCACAGCCCAACUCCCAUCUUCCCCUUGGCAGCCGUGACUCCACCUCUGCCCCACCUGCCCCCCCCCACUCCCACACAAAGCCAGAGAGUCAUGCUGCAUGAAUAGGGAAUUAAAUAUCUAAAUAUUUAUUUAUAACCACACCAGAGGGUUUAUUAUUUACAUGUUUGUACAUUUUCCUCAAUAGCUUGUCUGGUAACUGAUAAAUCUAAACUCAUUAGGUGUGCAAUAUUUGUGUAUUGCUAAUUUUAUUUUUAUAUGGAGGCAAAUAUAUAAUUGUAUUUAUAUAGCUGAGGCCACUUUGAACCCCAGAGGUCAUUAGGAUUUUGCACCAUAGCCACAGGAAAAAAGAAAAGGCAGCACUUUUUAUAUUAGAGCUACCAGAGCAGCAUUUCAAUGUAACUUCCAAAUGAAGGUCGUCCUUCUCACUGAAUGACGAAACUCAUUUUUCUACAGGCUCCACUGGUUCAGAAAACCAGUUCCAAAUGAAAGUCACGGCUGUUCAAAAUCACCCUCAUUUCUGUGCAACAUGCUCACACGAUGUGCUUGGCUACUAACCAGUUUUUUUGUGUACCUAUCAAUGUAACGCACAUGUUAAGCAGUAUUCCAGCAGCACCGCACCAUUUAUUCCUCCAGAGGUGGGAGGCUAGAGAAGGCGUUAGCGUAUCCUGUUGCUAUGUGUGAACUACUAUACUUUUGGUGUUGUGAUGAAUUCCCACUUCUACUCAUUGUUUGUGCAAAAAACAAUAAAUGUUUAUUGGGCCCCAAGAAAAGAGUGGAUACCACGAGCGCUUUCGUGUGCAUUUGUGGCUGAGUGUCAGUGUGUGUCCGUGUCUGUAACGACCUGUAGCUUUCAAUGUUCCCAGCUCUGUGGAGACUGCAUGCCUUACAUUAAGACAAAAGGAGCGAACCGGUUCAUUUCCCUUUUAUCGUUUUGUUUUAUUUUCUACAUCCAUAUAGAUGUGUGGUCCACACAGUGAAAAGUGAAUUCAUUAAAUUAUAUUUUG